AUGAGUCGUUAUUACAAUACAGGACAAAACAAAAUUAAAAAAAGUAAAACUGAGGAUCCAUUUCCAGGAGUUCCUGAAGUUUCAGAAGAACAAAAACAGAAGCAUGAUGAAGGAACUGCUGAUUUAGAUGAAAAUGCUGUUAAAACUGGACUACAAAAAAAGAAAUUUCGUACAAAGAAACAAAAAAUUGCUUCUAGGGCAGAAUUUAUGGCCAGGGCAGAAAUUAUGAAUAAGGAAGAAGAUGGUUAUAUAGAAAUUGAUGAAGAUGACCAACCAACAUUUUGUAUUUCACAACGUGACAUUAAAAUAUUAGAUAAAUAUGGUCCAUACAAUUUUGAUUUUACUCCAAAUGGAAGGCAUUUAGUUAUAGGUGGAAGAGUUGGUCAUUUAGCUUCAUUUGAUUGGAUGACAAAAAAAUUACAUUGUGAAAUUAAUACAAGAGAAGAAAUUAGAUGUGUAAAAUGGCUUCAUAAUGAACAAUUAUUUGCAGCUGGACAAUUAAGAUGGACACAUAUAUAUGAUAGACAAGGUAUUGAAAUACAUUGUUUAAAACAAUUGGAUAGAGUUAUAUCAAUGGAAUUUUUACCAAGACAUUUUCUUCUUGUUACAGGAAAUCAAAAAGGUUUUUUAAGUUAUUUAGAUGUUACAAUGGGUAAAAUGGUUUCCCAAUUUCAAUCUCGUCAAGGAUCUUUAAAUUCAAUGUCACAGAAUCCUUCAAAUGCUAUUAUUUUAACUGGAGCAUAUAAUGGUAAAGUUGCAAUGUGGUCUCCAAAUGUUAAAGAACCUUUGGUGGAGAUGCUUGCACAUAAAUCAAAUGUAUCAAGUAUAUGUGUUGAUCAAACAGGAACAUAUUUAGCAACGGCAGGUGCUGACAAAUUUUUGAGAAUUUGGGAUAUAAGGAAUUUAACACCUUUACAUGCUUAUAAACUUCCAUCAAUGCCUUCAUGUUUAGCUUUUUCACAAAAAACUUGUAUUGCUGUUGGUAGUGAAAAUAUUGUAAAUGUAUAUAAUGACUCACACUUAGGAACUAUGAAAACACCAUAUUUACGAUAUAAAUGUACUGGAGCUGUUAAUAAACUUCAAUUUUGUCCAUAUGAAGAUGUUCUUGGUGUUGGUCAUUCCACUGGUUAUACUUCUUUAUUAAUACCUGGUUCAGGUGAUCCUAAUUUUGAUGGAUAUAAAGUUAAUCCUUUUGAAACCAAAAAACAAAGACAAGAAAGAGAAGUUAGGCAGUUGUUAGACAAAAUUCAACCUGAAUUUAUUACAUUAGAUUCUUCAGAAAUUAAUAAAGUUAAUACAGAAAAAUUAGAAGAUACAUUUGCUUACAGGGCAAAAAUUCUUCGUGUUAAGGCUGAAGUACCAAAAUAUAUUCCAAGAAAGAAAGCUAGAGGUAAAUCAAAAGUUGGAAAACAUGAACAAAGAAAACAAGGUAUGAAGAGUCAAUUAAGAUCUGAAAUCAUACAAAAGAAAAAACAAAUUGUAGAAGAAUUGGGAAUUGGUAAAAAAGAUUAA